UAGGCUUCACUUGCCCAGAGCAGGCUCAAAGUACAUUUCUCCGCUGCUUCUUGGAUCUAAAGGUUGUUCGAUGGGGAGCAUCACAGGUGUUUCCCUUCUGCUUCUGGUGUUGAGUGUGUCCCUCCUGACAAGCUCCAGUGUCCAGGGCGGAAAGAUUCUGGUGUUCCCAGUGGAUGGAAGCCACUGGGUCAACAUGAACCUCCUGAUCCAGAGCCUCCACUCCAGGGGCCACGAGGUCACCGUGGUUCGCACGGCCACCAGCUGGUACGUCAAAGAAAACUCUCCACAUUACAGCACCAUCACCAUCACCUUACCGGGAGCCAUCCCCAUAGAGGAGGAGGACUUCUUUGUGACCUUCCUGGUCAAGAUGCUGGCGAUCCAAAAAGAGGGGGCAUCUCUCAGCAGCUUUGUGAAGUUCUACUGGGAAAUGCUCGGUGCGCUGUCGAACAUUCACCGACAGGCCAGCCUUUUGGGGGUAGAAAUGUUUGAGAACAAGACUCUGAUGCAGAGUAUUCGUGACACGCAGUUUGACGUGGUUCUUCUGGACCCGGGGUUGCCGGUUGGAGUUCUGGUGGCUCAUGAACUUAAGCUGCCGACUGUUUUUAACGUGAGGUGGAUCACCAGUGGAGAGGGACAUUUUGUGGUGGCUCCAUCUCCAACGUCGUAUGUUCCAGCAUCGGGAUACGCCGCGUCGGAUAAGAUGACCUUUGGGGAGCGGGUCAAGAACACAUUCCACUAUGUUCUCAACACAUGCAUAGACAAGUUUAUAGUAUGCCCUCACUAUGAUAGACUGGUAGAUAGGUACUUUGGUCCAGAUGUGAAGUUCUAUCACCUUCUACAAGGAGCAGACAUCUGGCUCAUGAGGGUGGACUUUGUCUUUGAAUUCCCCAGACCCACAAUGCCAAACAUCGCCUACAUUGGUGGUUUCCAGUCAAAGCCUUCUAAGCCUUUACCAUCAGAGCUGGAGGAGUUUGUUCAAAGUUCAGGAGAGCACGGAUUCAUCCUGAUGUCUCUUGGCACACUGGUGAAAGGCCUACCUCUAGACAUCACUUCUGAAAUCGCUGCUGCUUUUGCCCAAAUUCCUCAAAAGGUCAUAUGGAGGCACGCCCAUGAGCCGCCAAAAAAUUUGGGCAACAACACAUUAGUGGUAAAAUGGAUGCCCCAGAACGACCUCCUGGGUCACCCGAAGAUUAAAGCCUUUGUGGCUCACGGUGGGACCAACGGGAUCUACGAAGCCAUGUACCACGGGGUGCCGAUUAUAGGCAUACCCCUUCUGUUUGACCAGUUUGAGAACGUUUUGAGAUUGGAGGCGCGAGGAGCCGCUAAGGUGGUGGACGCGACCAAACUCACCCGUCAGAACUUCCUGGAAGCGAUACAAGAAGUUCUUCACAAUCCCUCCUACAGGGAUAACAUGAAGCGUCUUUCUGCUCUCCAUCGGGACAAACCGAUGCAUCCUCUGGAAACGGCACUUUACUGGAUUGAGUUUGUUAUGAGGCACAAAGGAGCUUCACAUUUACGCACUGAGUCCUAUAAGAUGCCCUGGUAUGCCUAUUAUUCUGUGGAUGUUAUCUGCUUUUUGACAUCAGUCUUGUUGCUGCUGACAGCCGUUGUAGUGGGAUCAAUACGAUUCCUUUGCAUUCGACUGUGCAGGAGGAGAAAAACCAAACAACCCAAAAAAAAAAAGGAGUAGUUUCUGACUCCUAACAUUAGAUUAGUUCACAUUAAAAUGAAUAAGUCAUAUUAAACGACAGGGCUGGUGAUAAACUCCUAGCCAUAUUAGCGCCAUUGUUUUAGGGAUGUCAAUAUCGUGCCCGUCAGUGGGUCGCUAGGUCGGUCGGUCCACCACUUUGAUCCAGAAUGAAAUGACUCAACAACUAUUGAAUUGGUUGCCAUUCAAUUUUAUCAAGACAAUCAUGUUCCCAAGAGUAUAUAUCCUAAUCUGUUGGUAAUCCAGAUUUGGGGGUUUUGAGUGAAAUGUCUCGACAACUAUUUGAUAGAUUGGUGUUUAAUUUGGCACAGAUGUUGGGGGGUGUUUAUCAGUAUUUUAACAAUAUUGCAUACAUUAAAUGAAGGAAAAUAUACUUUUCAGUGGACAACUGUGUUUCUGUAUUUACUUCCAACAGUAAUCAUCUGUUUUUAGUUGCACUAUUAGUUUGUUAAGUAAGUAUUUGAAGGUUCUUACUCAUGAUAUGCAGACCUGAAGUUUAACAAGAUGUCCAAAAACACACCUGUUAUGCCUUAUUUCAUGUUUUUAAAAAUGAAUGCUGCAACUUUAUGUUAUGUAUUAUCUUGGUUAUUAUCACUUGAACAAAUAAAAUGCAGUCUGUUAUACCUGAAGAAAAUUAUACUUGAAA